AUAGCUGUUCCUUUCCCCCCAACACAUCGUUUGACAUCUGAGGAAGUAUUUGAUAUAGAUGGGAUACCCAGGGUUGAUGUUCUCAAGAACCACUUGGUAAAGGAAGGUCGUGUUGAUGAAGAAAUUGCACUUAGAAUUAUUAAUGAAGGUGCUGCCAUCCUUCGGAGAGAGAAAACCAUGAUAGAAGUAGAAGCUCCAAUUACAGUGUGUGGUGACAUCCAUGGCCAGUUUUUUGAUCUGAUGAAACUUUUUGAAGUAGGAGGAUCACCUGCUAAUACACGAUACCUUUUUCUUGGUGAUUAUGUGGACAGAGGUUAUUUUAGUAUAGAGUGUGUCUUAUAUUUAUGGGUCUUGAAGAUUCUGUACCCAAGCACAUUAUUUCUUCUGAGAGGCAACCAUGAAUGCAGACACCUUACUGAAUAUUUUACCUUUAAGCAGGAAUGUAAAAUUAAAUAUUCAGAAAGAGUCUAUGAAGCUUGUAUGGAAGCUUUUGAUAGCCUGCCCCUUGCUGCACUUUUAAAUCAACAAUUUCUUUGUGUUCAUGGUGGACUUUCACCAGAAAUACACACACUGGAUGAUAUUAGGAGAUUAGAUAGAUUCAAAGAGCCACCUGCAUUUGGACCAAUGUGUGACUUGUUAUGGUCCGAUCCUUCUGAAGAUUUUGGAAAUGAAAAAUCACAAGAACAUUUUAGUCACAAUACAGUUCGAGGAUGUUCUUAUUUUUAUAACUAUCCAGCAGUAUGUGAAUUUUUGCAAAACAAUAAUUUGUUAUCGAUUAUUAGAGCUCAUGAAGCUCAAGAUGCAGGCUAUAGAAUGUACAGAAAAAGUCAAACUACAGGGUUCCCUUCAUUAAUAACAAUUUUUUCGGCACCUAAUUACUUAGAUGUCUACAAUAAUAAAGUGACAGAAAUGUUGGUGAAUGUUCUGAGUAUUUGCUCUGAUGAUGAACUAAUGACUGAAGGUGAAGACCAGUUUGAUGUAGGUUCAGCUGCAGCCCGGAAAGAAAUCAUAAGAAACAAAAUUCGAGCAAUUGGCAAGAUGGCAAGAGUCUUCUCUGUUCUCAGGGAGGAGAGUGAAAGUGUGCUGACACUCAAGGGCCUGACUCCCACAGGGAUGUUGCCUAGUGGAGUGUUAGCUGGAGGACGGCAGACCCUGCAAAGUGCAAUACGAGGAUUCUCUCCACCACAUAGAAUCUGCAGUUUUGAAGAGGCAAAGGGUUUGGAUAGGAUCAAUGAAAGAAUGCCACCUCGGAAAGAUGCAGUACAGCAAGAUGGUUUCAAUUCUCUGAACACCGCACAUGCCACUGAGAACCACGGGACUGGCAACCAUAGUGCCCAGUGACCAGCAGCUUCCCAGGGACUCUCAUAUCUCGGGCCCCAAAUGGACCGAUCACCCGAGGAGCUGGAGGGUUCAGCCAAUCUGACUAUAACUGUCACAAUCCCUCUGAAGAAACCAUUGUGCUUUUUAAAACCUUAGCCCCCUUUCUGGAUGGAGGCUUGAGGGCCCUGGGACAUGUGCUAUCUGAUAAGAUUUGGUCAUUGCUGCCUAGGUGGAGAGCAGUGAGCAAGGGGCUUGAGGCAAUUUCCAGUGGAGGGUAUCUACACCUCCAUUUAUGCUUGUGGUUCACACAUUUAAGUUUACAAAUGAGAUACCUUUUUUUCCCCUCUCAGUAGAAUUAGGUUUGUUUGUUUUUUUUUUCAACCAUGACUUCAAAUGCAAUCCUAAGAAUUAAUGUGAACUUCCUCCCCCCCCCCAUGAAAUGUCAUUAAAGAAUGAAUUCGCAUGGUCUUAAAAUAUAUUUCUGAGGUUACUAGCUGUAUUUUGAAUUGUAGGAAAAAAUGCUGAGAAACCCAGUUGGCGUUUAUACAAAAUGCUAACCUCAGGUCUAUAGUUCUUAAAUGUGGCUAAUUCUGUAAUACAGUCUUGGUAUUUUUCAAUUAUGAAUGCUCAGACUAUUUCUAGGAAGACUCUUUUACUUGAACCCAAAUCCAAAAACUAGAGUCUUUUUUUGCCCAGAUCUUUUGAGAUUUAUACCCCAGAGAUUUAAGAAGAAAACCUCUAAAUUUCAAAAUUAAUGAAUUACAGAAUUACUCAUUUAAGGUACUUUAAAAGAAGUUUGUACAUUGUCAAAGUAAAUUUUAAUUGAAAUCAUGUCUGUAAAACUUGACGUAUUUUGUGUAUGCAUGUUUUCAUUUUGCAAAUAUUUAAUAUAUAGACCUAUGAUGUACAGGUACGACAUAUAUAGGUUACCUAGAUGUUAUGCAAAAUUUUAGUUUAUCGUGAGUUGCUAAAAUAGCCACCAGGGUGAUUUGCUGCUGGCUUCCUAUCCUUUUUAUGUUUUAAUGCAGAGGAAAUUUUAAAAUGUUCUGAAAAUGUUUUUGAUUAAGCAAUGCAGCCUAGAAGCAAUGGUUCUGUUCAGUCCUUCAGAUGCUAGUGGAAGCAUAAGUCAAGACUGCAUGUGAAAUUUUUCUUCUAAUAGUUACAGAACUGCUUGGUUAAACUAAAUGGAACCAUGUGCUAUAAUUUUACACAAUUAUUGACCUGUAUUGAUUGCCACUGUAGUUUGGUACUCCCCUUUACUUUGGUGGCCUGCUUCCCUCAUGCCCUGGAAUACAACUCAGAGCUCCAGGCAGCGGAACCAUCCGUUGUUUUGUUUGCCAGAAAGUGCACCCUGUAUGGUCUCCUGUCUAAGUUGGAAAUAUUAUGCAUGUGCAGGACUAAUCGAGUAUUUUAUAACCAGUAGCACACAAUAAAUUCCAUGCAUGGGCCGCUGCUCCUA